UUAGCUUUCCUUUAUCCAAUGUUAUACGUAGUGAUGUCCUCGCGGAGUUUUAGAACCACAGAUCGGCAUAGGAUGUCACGAAUUAGAGGAAAAAGGGUUUUGAUGUUAGCUGGCUUUUGCUUUAUGUAUAUGGACUUUAUACAUAAGCCAUCCAAUCCCCAUAUGUACAGCAGAACUAACUUAUUCUGCAAUUAAAAAACAUGGCCACCUGGGCAUGCAUGAGCUCUACAUGCACCGCUCAUAAACACUUAUAUAUAAGGGCCUUAAAACCUUUCAAUCUUGCUCAUUCAGAUCUUGCAUUGCAUCACACGUGUACUUUCACUUCCUUCUAAACACCCGCUCAAAUAUCACAGUUACAGAUUGUUGGGAUCGAUGGCGAAAACAAAGAUGUUUAUGCUAAGGGAAGCUAAACGGGUAAACCGGAGCUCGAGCAAGCUGGUUGCAGCUGGAGCAGGUCGUCCAGAAAAACUUGCAGGAAAUGCAGUCGUGAGUGAUGUGAAGAUGGAUGAAUCACCGUACUGGGUUCCACAUCCACGUACAGGCAUAUACUUUCCGAAAGGCCAUGAAUCGGUGAUGGACGAUGUUCCGGAGGGGGCAGCUUCUCUCAAUCAGUUUCAGACCUAUUGGCUGAGGAACGUCGACGGCGUUGAAAGGCCAGAUCCUAACACUCCACACGAUCAUGAUCAGUUUCUAACAAAUAAUUUCUAAUUCCAUUGAUAUAUAUGCUGUGCUGCUUAAUUUGUCUCUGUAACGACAGUUUAUAAUUAAGUACGUAGAAAAUUUGCAGGAAA